CAUUAAGUUUAGGUCCGGCACAACUCAUAAAUUAUUCGUGCUCGUGCCGGGCUGGCCCAUUUAUUUCGUGCCCGUGCCAUGCUCUAACCAUAUCUUGCCGUGCUAGCCCGUGGGCGGCACGACCCGGUGCCCACAUACUCGUGCACAAAAGUAGAGGAAGGUCAAUUCAUGUACGAAGAAAACCAACUUGAGGACAAAGUUGUGCGAAGGGGGGAGGAUUGAUACGAGAACCGGGCCAUCGUAGCAAUUGGGUAAAUUAUCUGGGCUAGUGUGUCUUUAUUAUUUAUGUCUGUAUUAGUAUUUACCUUGUUUAAGUAGGAUUUGACUUAUUGUUAGUUGUUUCCUUUGUAGGAGUAGGAGUCAUGUUUUUUGUAGGAGAAUUGAAAGGUUCUAUCCCUAUAAAUAUGUACUCAUUCUUUAGUUUAAUAUCAUGAGAAGAUUAGAAUCCAUUUUAAUUUCUUGCUUUGUUAUUUGUUUAGUAGUUUCGUAGUAUUUUGUGGUCCAUCUUGCCAUCAAAAAGUUACUCUACUAAAAGAGUAGUGGAAAUGAUUGGCCCAUUUAUUGACCCAUCUACAGUGGGCUGGGCCAAGACAGUGUUUUGGGCAUUUAGAGUUUUAGACCCCUAUCCAACUCUUCUCUGACCUGAUGUACAUCUACUGAGAUUUGCCCUCUUCUGCUCUGCUCAUGUUGAUUAAUUUCUCUUAUUAAUGAAAUGAAAUCGCAAGUUAACUGUGAAAAAAAAGUCUGAAACUCAUUUGGGAAGGAGAAGGGCUCUCCCGCCGAGGCAUGAUUCUUGUUGCUCUUCGAUUCACCCUGCAGAUACUCUACCCGAGCCUACAACACUACAGAGCUUUCUCUUAUUACAGAAUCACCGGCGAAACAAAGAAGAGGCGCGUGGACAAGGCACUUAGGAUUCUGGACAUCGUAUCCACCGGAAGAGAUAUCGUCGUUAGAGAUCGCCGAAACCAUCUGCGUCUCACUGAGGACUUUCUUCGAACGGAUUUGGAUCAAACCCAUGAGGAGGAACACCAAAUUCAUGGUUACAGACCUCCAUCCAGCUCUGGAGAUGGUGAAAUCGAUGUAGCAGCGAAUAAAACUCCGGAGCCUUUUCCCGAGAACGAAGAAGAUUUGGGAGGAGGAGUCUUAGGUGCUGUCGUCCUGUCAAGCGCGGUGAGCUCAUGUGUGUCCGUCCGCAACCUUCGUGGCGGCAUUCGGUAUCAUUGCUUGGCAAUUACAACUGGGUUUCUCGCAAAUGCGUACGUGGGGUGCUCUUUGAUCACGCUGUACAGCAAAUGCGGGGAACUGGGUCAUGCACACAAGGUGUUCAACGAAAUGCCCGUGAGGAAUGUGGUGUCUUGGACGGCAAUUAUUUCCGGGUUUGCACAGGAGUGCCAUGUCAAUCUUUGCUUGGAGCUCUACUCCGAGAUGAUGAUGAAGUCAACACUCAGACCUAACGACUUCACACUCACCAGUCUAUUGAGUGCCUGCUCCGGCAUUGGAGCUCUUGGGCAGGGAAAAAGUGCUCAUUGUCAAGCCCUUCAAAUGGGUUUGGACUCGUAUCUCCACGUUGCCAACUCCCUCAUUUCCAUGUACAGCAAAUGCGGAAGCCUAGAAGAUGCACUCUUAGUCUUCGACAACAUGAGUAGCAAUAAUCGAGAUCUUGUGUCAUGGAACUCGAUGAUAGCUGGAUACGCUCAACACGGCCUGGCGGAAGAGGCAAUUGAGUUGUUUGAAGAAAUGAAUAGGAAUCAACAGCACCUGAAGCCAGAUGCCAUUACUUUCCUCGGUGUUCUAUCUUCUUGUCGCCACUCAGGUUUUGUGGAGAAGGGAAGAAUUUACUUCAAAUCAAUGGCAGAUGAACAUGGCGUGACGCCUGAGGUAGACCAUUACGCAUGCCUAGUUGACCUUCUUGGGCGUGCUGGGUUGCUGGAAGAGGCUCAAGGAGUCAUCGAGGGAAUGCCGAUGGAUCCAAAUGCAGUCAUAUGGGGCUCGCUUCUUUCUUCAUGUCGGCUUCAUGGGAGUGUUUGGCCAGGGAUACAAGCUGCAGAGCAAAAACUGUUGAUGGAACCCGAGUGUGGCGCAACACACUUGCAGCUCGCAAAGUUGUAUGCUGGCGAGAGGUGUUGGGGCGAGACUGCAAGGGUGAGGAAGUUGAUGAAAGAUAGAGGGCUUAAGACGAAUCCUGGGUGUAGUUGGGUUGAGAUCAAGAACGAGGUGAGUAGAUUUAGAGCAGAAGAUGGAUCAAACAACAGAAGAUUUGGUGAAGUUGUUGAUGUUUUGGAUUCUCUGGCAGACCAUAUGAGAACACUAAGUUUUGUGCCUGAAAUAUAAGGCUGCUUGGGUGUCAAAAGUUCGAGGAGACGGUUUUUCCCUGUUUGGACAACGGUCUUUUUAACUAUAAGCCUCAUUUAUUUCUUAACCUACUCAUGCGCUGUUCAACUAGCAUGGGGAACGGGGAAGAUACAUAAUUCGACUAAACCAAUGUUAGUAAAACUGAACUCUGAGUCAAAAGUUCGCAACUCCGAGCCUAAACUUGAGCUGCGGUGCAAGAAAUUUGAUAGCCGAAAGGAAGUGGCGAUCAUUCAAGUGUCUAACAACGUGAAAGAAAGAAGUCUGUCAAAUUCUUCACUAACUGCUCCCAGUAACAUUCGAUGUGUCCUUUCCCAAGCACCAUGAAGACUGAAGAUGCAGUAGCUGAGGCCAAGGCAGGACGUUACUGAAUAACUCGCAUCACAACUCGAUUGUUGAGACAAAAGCCUCCAUUUUUGGAAAUCAAUGCAUUCAUUGCUUGCACCUGGGACGCAAACUUCACUACAGCAGUUCUUAUGGAAUUUGGUGGCAUCCCUUGCCUGCAAUAGGAUAGGAAUGUAAAGGGCUGCCUCCCGUUGAGAAACAUGAUAUGACUAAUGCGGUAUGAUCAUGCCAAGCUUAAGAUGGAGAAACAUGAUAUGACUAAUGCGGUAUAGGAAAUCAACUCAACCUUUUCACUAUUUUUUGCCACUAACCUUAUAAAUUGGAUGGAAGAUG